UUCAAACAAGAUCCAAGUUGACUAUAUUAUUUUUUUACACAUUAGCCACAAUAUAUAAAAUAAAUUUGAAUAAUAAUUAAUAUCAACAAGCAAUAAUCAUAAUGUAAUAAGUAUUUCUGAACAGAAAAAAUAUAUAUAUCAAUAAUAAUCAUAAAUCAUAUAAUUAACGUGCAUCCCUCAUAUGGAUUAAACCAAUGAUGAAUCAAUGAACUAGAGAUAAUCGAGCAAAGCUAGUUUUCCUUUCUAAUAGAAAUCCAUAAAACAACGUUGACUUUAAUAUCUUUACUCUUAAUGGGAAGACGAAUAUCAUCAUCAACCAAUAUAUUCCCUAAAUUGGCAGUCUAUACAUCAUCCCUUGUAAUCCUCCUUUGUCGUCCAACAAUAUCCAGUGAUGAAUUAAUAGACAAAACACCCCUGUUUGUGUUUGGGGAUUCGCUAUUCGACAGUGGAAUGACUCUUUACAAUGGUGUUGAAGGAGCUGGAGCUGAGUUUUGGCCUUAUGGUUUUACUUUUUUUAAGAAGCCUGCUGGAAGAUACUCUGAUGGUCGUGUUAUACCUGAUUUUAUAGCUCAAUUAUCGGGUUUACCGUUUUUCAUCAGGCCAUAUUUGUUACCGGGACUUGAUGAUUAUUCGAUGGGAGUCAGUUUUGCUUCUGCUAGUGCUUGUGUUCUCGUUGAAACUCGCCCCGGCACGAUAAAUUUGAUGACACAAUUAUACUAUUUUGACAAAAUGGUGCAAAAAUUAAAAGAUCAAGUUGGAGAAAUGGAAGGCAAAAGGCUAUUAUCUAAAGCAGUGUACUUGUUUAACAUAGGAGGCAAUGACUAUUUCAGCCUUUUUGAAGAGAACCGGGCCGACCUUCCUCUUUCUUAUUAUCAGAAGAGAAAUCACAUGAAUAUGAUACUUGGAAACCUAACCCAACAUAUCAACACAAUCUACAAGCAAGGAGGAAGGAAGUUUGCAUUCCUAAACAUGGGUCCAAUGGGGUGCAUGCCAUCAAUGAAGUUCAUGCUAGGUUACAACGGAACAUGUGCGGAAGAGCCGUUAGACGUAGCGAGGAUGCACAAUACAGCAUUUGCGGCCCUGGCUAGCAGAUUAGAAGUACAUUUACCAGGAUUUAAGUACACUAUUUACGACUUCUUUACCUCUUUACACAUUCGCGUCUUACAUGGCAAUAGUUUUGGUUUCAAGGAAAGUGAAACAGCAUGUUGUGGAAACGGACCAUUCAAUGGAGGAUACAGUUGCCAAAAGAAAGAGCAUAGCUUCUCAGUUUGCAGUUCUCCAAGCGAUUAUCUUUGGUUUGAUGCUGGCCAUCCUACUGAAAAAGCUAACGAACAAUUUGCCAAAGAAUUAUGGGAAGGAGGACCUAACAUUGUUGCUCCUUACAAUCUCCAAACUAUUUUUGCCAUGCCUUGAUUUAUUUAGCUUUUACAAAUUCUAAUCAUAGUUUAUAUGAUCCGAAUAAAGUAUGUGCACUGGGUACGAUAGAUGAUAUAUUUAAACAAAAAUAUGUAUAGUUAUAUAUAGACAAGUUAGCUCUGACUAACAUAAAUUCUUGUGUGAGACAGUUUCACUGUGAGACUUUUUUCAUACAUCGGUUAGAUAGCUCAAUUAAUACAAUCAUUAGCAUAUAGACUUUUUGUUUUGAGGUUGUCUCACGAAGAGAUUGUUUCUCAUAAGCUCUUCGACUAAAUAUGAAGUCCCAUAUAGAGAUUAAGUUCAUUUUAGGACCAAGUGCUAAUUUAGCCAAGAAAUGUCAUUGUACAUUCAGCUCAUUGUUUCUGAUCAAACUAGAUGAUUAUUUU